UUAGUAUAAAAUCGUAGUGGUCAACGUUGAAGGCCCAUUGCGUCGUCUCCAUCCACCUUCGAAUCCCUAAGCAUGGAGGUCGAGGUAAAGUUCCGCCUCCCCAACGCUGCCGCCCAUCAGCGCCUCUCCGACGCGCUUGCUCCCUUCCAUCUUCGUACCCACAUGCAAGAGAACCUCUUCUUCGACGGAUCCGCCGGCGAGCUCUCAAACCAUUUCGCCGUCGCCCGCAUCCGCUUCUACGACGGCGAUUCUCGCUGUGUCCUCUCUCUCAAGCUCCGCGCCCGCCUCGUCGACGGUAUCAGUCGCGUCGAAGAGAUCGAGGAGGACAUCGAUCCCGCGCUCGGCCGCGCUUGCGUCGCCGAGCCCUGGCGUCUGGGUUGCCUUUCGGCAUCAUCGAAGAUCAUGGGGAGGGUUAGGGAUGAGUUUGGGAUUGGGGGGGAGGGGGAGGAGAAGAGAGGAAGUUCUUUUAUCUGUUUGGGAGGGUUUAGGAAUGUGAGGGGUGUGUAUGGGUGGAAGGAGGGGCUGACGUUGGAGCUUGAUGAGACGAGGUACGAUUUUGGCGCUAGUUAUGAGUUGGAAUGCGAGACUGGAGAGCCGGAGAAGGCCAAGGAGAUGCUGGAGGGGUUUUUGUUGGAGAAAGGGGUGGAGUAUUCCUACUCCAAAGCAUCCAAGUUUGCAGUUUUCAAAGCUGGAAAGCUGCUUCCCUGAAGCAUGUAGCAGUUGGCCCAAAGCAUCAUCUUAUGGAAGAAACAACGACAUGAAGAACUCCGAAGAACUCGGAGAUUUGGAGACUCGGGUGAUGGGGGUGGGUGCCAAAUUUCAUAAUUAUGUAAUUUUUUAAUGUGAACCGACAAUUUAUUUGGUGAAGAUGGUGGUGAUGCUUGUGAAAAUUUCACUACUUAGCAUAAUUUGGAGCAAACUACAUCCAAAAUGGUGUCCCUUUUGAUAUAGUGACAAAUGGAUUGGAGGAAAUAUUAG